UCUGAGAAAAGAAAAUCAGCAGUUACAAACUGCUAUCGAGAAUCUUGCUAAAGAAUGCAAUUCUCUUCAGAAAUUAAAUGAAGAUUUAAGAAAGCAAAAGCAGGAUUUGCAAGAGCAUUGCUCAAUCCUUGGAAAUAGAUUGGGAGAAUCAGACGAAAUAUUUAUAGUUUGCUCUGAAAGAUUAGAGCUCUUGGAAAAUAAAUUUGCUUUGAUGCUGGAAGAGAAUGCAUCAAAGGAGAAGAGUCUGAUUUCAGACUUAGAUGUUCUUGUUGAUGAAAAUAUCAGGCACAACGAGAAUGGUCAAAGCUUGAUGAAUCAGCUUCUCAUGGAGAAGACAGCAGAAAUUCAGAACCUUCAACAAAAAAUUGAGCACCUCAGUAUGGAACUUUCAGCAACUCAUGAUGAAAAUGAAAGGAUAGCUUCCAAAGCUGCCCUUGAAAUUUCUACAUUAACUGCUGAUAAAGCCAAACUGGAAUCUGCCUUUGAAGAAGUUCAAUCUGAUGCAAUUUCAACUAAGAAUGAGAUGAUUAUUAUGCAGACGGAUUAUGAACGAAAGCUACAGGACCUCACUACUCAGUUUUCUGCUUUCAAAAGUGACCAGGAAAUUUGGAGGGCUGACUAUGAAAAGUUGUUGAAGCAGUUGGAAGAUUACAAAUCUAGAGAACUAAAAGUCAACAGCACCCUGAAAACCCUUGAAUUAAAGCUUAAAGUUACUGACUGUGAAAGACAACAACUUGCGGAGGAGUCUGAGAAUUUGAAGAUUCAGCUGCAGCAGAUAGAAGGAUUUGAGAGUGAAAUUAUGACUCUAAGAAAUGAGCUCAACUGGACCAAUUCUGAGAAAGAAAGACUGGUGGCAUCCUUAUGCUUGACUUCUGAAUCAUGUGAGAAUCUGAAGGCAAAGAAAAAUUCACUUGCAGCGAAGAUUUUAACCUUGGAGAAUGCUUUAUCUGAAUUGGAAGACUGCAGAAGAAGUAGAGUAUCCCUAGAAGAAAAGCUUAUGCAGAUGGAGAGUGACUUGAAGGAAAAGGAAACAAUGUCUGCCCAGGAAGCUGAGAAGAAAAAUGAGCUCAGUCACAUCAAAAGAAUAAACAGGCAUUAUCAACAAACAAUAAGAUUACUAGAUAAGGAAAAAGACGAGUUCAAGACAAAAGCCCAGGCCCUUGAAGAAGAAUUGAAACUAAUUAAGGAACAAAAGCAAAACCUAAUGCCUAAGAUUAAUGGGAACGCAUUACCUACUCAUGAGGCUCUAAAGAAUUCUAUUGUGAAGAAUACUGGUCAACAUUGUGGAAAUCAGACAAAGCCGUUCUUCAGAAAUGAUAGAGAAAUUGUGGAGGAUCAACAAGACAUUUCCACUGACAAGCAUCAGAGCGAGGCAGAAAAUGAACUUGGACUUCUUGAUGGGAGUGUUCAUGCUGUUGAAGCUGGUUCAUUAUCAAAGAUUGAGUUACUUGAGACUGAGCUAAUAAAAGCUAAAGGAGCGAAUAACAUGAUUGAAGAUCAAUCAAACCGGUUUCAAUCUCAAGGCCAGGAUUACGAGGAAGCCCCAGUAAAAUCAAUUGCAGAUGGUGAAAUAGUGACCAAAGAGAGAUUUGAACAAACAAAAUCAAUGCUAGAGGCUGAGUUGAGAGACCUUCAGGAGCGUUACUUCCACAUGAGCCUAAAAUUUGCUGAGGUAGAAGCUCAACGUGAGGAACUUGUAAUGAAGCUGAAGGUGGCAAAGAACCAAAAGGAUGUGACCCUUUAAUUAACUUCCAUUGCCAGCUAUCUUGAUUCAAAUGUCGGAGCUUCAUAGCUGCAAAAGUAUUGUAUGUAUCUUUUCGGAAAUGAAUCAUUGUGUGGGAUGAUAAUAAGACAAUAGAAGUUGCGUUUACUUUAGGGGGACUAACCCUAGUAGGAAGUGACUGUUAACAUUUAGUUUAACUGUGAUUCCAUGAAUGUUACUGUGAUUUAUUGGUCCGCAAAUGCUGCUAUUAUUUAAUACCAGAAAAGGAAUAUUAAUAA